CCCCAAGAACUAAAAGUCCACAUCAUUAUGUUAUCUUCCAAAGUUAAUUCAAAUGUGUUGAGCUUAAUGAGUCUCUCUGAGCGCUUAACAAAAAAAAGGAGGCAUCAUGUCAUCUAGAAAAAUCAUGGAGUUUUUCUACAGACAGUGAUUGGUGGGUCACGGAUUCACAGUAAACAUGCUGUAACUGGGACAUCACGGUGCUAGAGACUCUAAUAUAACCAUGAAGGUCCCUAGCUCGAGAUGGGCCUUCUCCCUGGGCUUCUUGGUGGGGGCCUGCAGCAUCUAUUUCUUCCUGCGCCAGGUGUGGUAUGAAAGGAGCUACCCACUGCUGUCAGAGGCUCAGGAAAAAGCCACAGUGGCGGGGCAGAGACCAACCAGCUGGAGGAAGGACGGAGCUGCUCUCAUCAACAUGCUCCACCCUCACCAUGCAGAUGAAGACAGCCGGGUGGCAGAUGCAUUGUAUCAGAAGGUGCGCGUUCUCUGCUGGGUGAUGACAGGGCCGUAUAACCUGCAGAGCAGGGCCCGUCAUGUCAGGGCCACCUGGAGUCGGCACUGCAAUGUGGUGGUAUUCAUGAGCUCUGUGGAAGACCCAGAUUUCCCCACUGUGGGCCUGGGCACUAAAGAGGGACGUGACCAGCUUUACUGGAAAACCAUUCGAGCCUUCCAUUAUGUCUAUGAGCAUCACGCAAAUGAAGCAGACUGGUUCUUAAAAGCAGACGAUGACACUUAUGUGGUGGUGGACAACCUGCGCUGGAUUCUGUCUAACCACACCCCCGAAGAACCCAUCUACUUUGGCAAACGCUUCAAGCCUUAUACCAAACAAGGCUACAUGAGUGGAGGAGCAGGCUACGUGCUUAGCAAAGAAGCCCUCAAGAGAUUUGUGGAAGGUUUUCGGACAAAGGUGUGCACACACACCAGCCCUGUAGAAGAUCUCGCAUUGGGGCAGUGUUUGGAGAAGAUGGGUGUUUUAGCUGGGGACUCCAGAGAUACUUUGCAACGAGAAACUUUCCACCCAUUUGUGCCAGAGCACCAUCUAACUGCCAAGUUCCCCAAGAGCUUCUGGUACUGGAGCUACUGUUACUACCCAAUUGUUGAGGGUCCACAGUGCUGCUCUGACCUGGCUGUAUCGUUCCAUUAUGUGGAAGCAGGCUUGAUGUACACACUGGAGUAUUACACUUAUCACCUGAGGGCGCAUGGUUACAGGCCACGCUACCAGCCCUCUGUACACCAUGUUCUGAACCCUGGCUCACUCCCACAUACAGCCAUGAUGGUUGGACUCAAUGAAGUUCAAGGUGUGACAGACGGAAGGAGUCACACAACUGCAGCCUUCUCUGUUAGUACAAACCAAACCAAAGCAGAGAAAGAGGAAAAAGAUCAUCUAAACUCUAGCCUCACAGAUAACAGGACUGCAGCCACACGCUGAUUCUGUGAUUCUGCUGUGCUUGAAUGUUUUAACUGAGACGUGUUUAAUUGUAUCUACAUUAACAGUUAGGGCCACUUUCACUCAGUAAAUGGGUGAUAGGAGCUGUAGUACGAAGUAUAUGCCAGAUAAAUGCCCUGUGCUUUAUGGAUAAUUAGUGUUUUCUUCUGACAGGGCUUCCCUGAUCCGAUCAUAGUAGAUUCCAGUCAGUAUGACACUAAUUGCAAGCAGUGAGUGGUUAACAUUGGAAUAUGAUUCAGUGGCAGAACUAAGUGGUGUUGCUAUAUUUGGACAAGAUAAGCACUUGUUUUAGCUUAAGUAAAUUAUGACAUCAGUAUAUGAAUUUAUUACGUCACACAGUCACAGAAGUGAGCUUGGAGUGAUAAAAAAAGCCUCUGAUCUGAGCCAAUAAUACAGGAACAGUUGUAUGUAGGUUUUAUCACCUUGUAUUAAUAACCUUUCCUUGUAAUGUAGAGCAGCAUCAAACAGCAGUGUCUGUCACAGCAUCUUAAUAUUUUGCCUUUUUUCUUCAUGGCCACAAUUUUAUUAUUUUAUUUUCUUCUGGGCUUUUCUGAAACAACAUGCAAAAAUUACUGUAUAAAUGUUUUAGUCUUUGUUUCUCUUUCUACGUUUUGUCUUAAUGUUUUUAUUUCCUUUUUAAACCCUCUGCUGUGCAGCAUUCAUUGCAGACUCUACAUCCACCGCCAGCAGUGAUAGUGUUUGUUUUAGUAAGAAACUGUUUUGUGAAAAAUGUUUCCUUUUUACCUUUUGAGUGAUAUGAGAUGCUCUGAUGUAACGAUGCAUACUUGAAACCCCUUGUGCUUCUGCUCGAGAUCACUGUAGCUUCAGAUUAACACAGUGUUAUAUUAAACUCAAAUGAAUCCC